CACACCUCCUGAACAGCGAGACCUGAAAGUGCCAUUUUGUAUCGUUCUAGCUAGAGUUCGCGAGGAAACGCUGAUACAAAAUGUUCAGCGAGAUGUCCCCCAAGACCCGCGACGAAAACGCAAAAAUCAUUUCCAUAUAAAACAUAUUUAAAACAUAAUAAUGCUCCCCACAAGUAGGAUAGGCUCGUCCUUAGCCGAAGAGAGGUCCUUAGCUAUAGAGAACACAAGAGACCGAAAAUCGGGAAACGCAAAUGCCUUGUAGUAUCCAACAAUUAAAACGGACGUAUUAUAAAGAAUGCACAAACAAACACAUGAACAUGUUCAUGUCGGAAAGACUAGCGAAAAGACUCGAAAUUCAAAUGAAAAACCUGCCUGGCUGCCACUAAAGAUGGCGGCAACCACUUUAGGCUGAUAUCUAUUUUCUGGCGGCAACAUUUUGACGAAACAAAAUAAUAUUAAUCUAAAGUAACCCAGUAGAAACAGGGCUGCGACGCGAAUAGCUAUUUACCAUUAAAAUUCCCUCCCUGCGAUGCAUCGACCAGGAAGUUCAUACAAAGGCGUAUGCGAACCAAAUUUUCUCUUUAGUGGAUAUAUACAAAGCGAAGGCAGUCGAGUGUGUGCAGUGGAGAGAUGGAAAAUUUUAAAAUUGUGUAACCUUGUGUAAGUAUCGGCUAGCUAGGAGUCUCGCAAAACAAAGGGGACACGCACAUAUUUUCGAACGAUCAACGGAAAUUUAUGGCGGGAUGAAGCUAGCCUAGAAUAGACGCUCAUUCGAUGUCUACAUGUGGUGUAGGUUAUUCUCAUCCUGUUAUUUGGUUUCCGGUUUCCAACCUAUCUGACUUGUGAUAUUAUUGAUAAAACAAAUCCAUUUCGAAUUCGGGCAUUAUGCCGGUUACUUUUCGCUAUUAUCACGUGUUUAUGUAAAAUUGCUUUUGAUAAGUACAACAGCGAGCUUUCAAAAUCUCUCCAGGCAUACGACUCAAAACCAAUACCAUAGACACCAAGCACAUGUACAGCAGAUGCUGUGCAAACAAUAGAACAGAAGCUUUCUUAACAUACUUGUUGGCGCUUGCCCACCAACAUCCAUUCCAGUCCGUCCAUAAUUGCUGAAGAACAUGUGCUAGACCACUAACUAACAUCCUAAUCGUUCCCGCUAAUCAAAACAGAAAAAAAAACCCGAUAACUUUUCUAACUAGCGAACCAAGAAUGCAUAUUUCUUUUGCGCAAGUUUGUGUGUGUGCAUGUUUGUAUGUGUGCGUGUGUAUGUGUUUGUGCGUGCAGGUUUGGUGUGGCAUCAGCAGGCAUUAAUCAGUGUUACUAUCCCCGUACAGCCACAUGACCCGUUCUAUCUCGCUUUUCGCCCUUGUGUUACAUAGUAACUUAUUAGGUAGAUAAAUUCUUGGUUUUUUAGUACAAACUUAGGACGAUAGGCAGCCAGGGGCGUUGCAGUGUGUCAGUAAGCAGACGAGACGUGGUACGCGCCGAUGAACGCGUCCCGCAUCAUCCUAUUAGUGUAGUGCGAUAAUUUUCACCCUCCCGUGCGUGUACGUGUGUGUGUAUGUGUGUCAGUGUCUGUGAUCGCUACAAGCGAUCCUGCUAAGGAUUAAGAAACAUAUCCCUGGACUAAUUCUCCACAGCCGUGGGUGGGAGACACAUUUUAAGACAGGAGAAUGGAGGUCAGGAGAUAGAUAUAGCAUCAUACCCAGUGUUUUAAAGCGCGAUAGGAAGCGACAAGGGACGGGAAAAGUGAAAAGGAAGAAUCGUUCUCAAUGACAAACCAUAAGGAAACAAAACAAACGAUAUACUUACUUAAGAACCGAUUUAGCGUGUAAGUUUUACAUUAGAUACAAGCUAGUUGUUAAGCAGAGGCAAAUCAUUAUUUAAAAUCUGAACAGAACUGGAAAUACACUGGAAGGAGAGCGUCAUUAUCGGGUCAUGAUGAGUGGCAUCAUGCUGAAUCAACAGAGACAGAGAACGAGAACGGAGCUCUUCUAGGGGAUACCAUAAUAUAAAAGCAGCAUAUUGCGAUUUAUACUGAAUGUUAAUGUCCAUGAAUUUAUAUGAACAAAAAAAAUAGAAACCUUUAAAUCUUACACAAACACAACACGAAUCAAUAUAUAAACGGAAGAAACAACUGGACCUGGUAAUAGCCGUACAUAAAUAUGAAAUAAAAAAAAAUAGGAAGAACCAUUGACACGAAAGAAUAGCAAAAGGAAAAGAGAGGGGAAUGAAGGCAGAGAAAACCAAGAAAACAUAACAAAAGACAAGAGAAUUACAUGAAACUAAACUAAGCUUACCUUAUGCAGCCGCGAGCCCAGAGCGAAACAGCAAAAAACAGAUGAUGAUCACACAAUAUUAUAACGCGCUAGCACACAAAUAUACAACCGAAACUGUAAUACCUGCAUAGACCAUAGGUAACUGGUAAACACAACUCCAAAACCAACAAACAAACAAACAAAAUCCAUCAGUAAACCCAUCUAGACAGUGUAUAGGAACCAAGCCU